GUCUUUUUCGCAAGAUUUCCCGUGCACUAUCAUUCAGCGGUCAUUCAGUUUAUUUAUGCAGUUGCGUUGGGAUCAAGGUAUGUUGACAUGACCUGCUCCCAUCUCUUCUGCCAUGUAACGUUUACCAAAACUAAUUAAUACAAAUUGUCAGAACCUUCUAUCCCAAAUCCGGCUUGAAACCCUGUACCCCACUGUAACUUAGAAGUCCGAUCAGAAUGUGAGUGGGUUCAUAUCCUUAGAGGACAUUUCAUUGCCCCACCUCUUCCCUUCUAACUCAUCUAACACUCAUCUUUACACAGAUGAUGAUGUCCAAAGGUGUCCUAUUUCGUCAGUGGAAUUAUCCAAGACAGUUGUAGUUUCAAAAUAAUGCUUAGAUUUGCUUUGCGCUCUAAAGUACUAUCAAAAUUCUAAAUUGCUAUCUAUUUGAGACAAGGGCUCGAUCAUAGACUGAGCGACUUGUUCGCAAAAGUUAAGACAAGAAACUUCAGCUGCCAAUCAAUAUCGGAAACUACUGAGUAAAAGAGAUGCAAAUCGAGAGCUAUUUAUUCACCAUUUCCUGCGUCUUUCAUCUAUUAAUUAAAAUUUAAAUUCAAAACAUUUCGCCAUAGACUGGAAAGCUUCGUCAACUGCUCGAUUUUAGAUACCAUCAUUUGCCAUGAAAUAGGUUUUCCUUAACAUCAACAUCAAUUUUUCCAAGUAUUCUUUUAAAAGGAGCUUGUCCGAAUUCUCAGCCAAUGAGGAAACAAGGUACGCAAGUUGUUUAUCUUCAGUUUCGAUUCAGUUUCAUGUUAUUCUUGCUACAAGUAGCCUAUACAUCGAAAACAAUUCAAAAGGUUUUUUUCCGCGGAGGUCAUUACAGACUAAUCGACCUUACUGAGGAGGUUGAUACCAGAUUUGUUUUAUAAUAGCUAACAUGCACGAGCAGUCCGCAUAUCAAUCGGCUUUGCAUGACCUAACUGGCUAGGGUUCGGUCUUUACGUGGCACUAAAACUGUCAAUAAGUUAUUAUGUCAUGUCGGCUUGGUAAUAUACGAAUUUCGCUUGUCGACUCUCUUGGUUACCGUUACAAAAGCGUGUUCUUUCAGGCUAGUAUGAGUGUGUGUGUGUGGUAGUUUUUUAAAAUUCAAUCCCGUGUGACUCGAGACAAUCGAUAAUUUUUUCAUCAGGCCACCGGAUUUACAGAAUGUUUCAGACGUUCGUAAAAGUCUGAAAGGUACCUUUAUUUAAAAUAACUCAUCUUUUUUAUAUCUUCACAAUACGAUGAAUGAAUUGAUGUUAUUCCCUCUGCAAGAUUAUUCUCUUAUUUUUGAACUGUUAUCGGUUGCCACCUUGUAUAGAUAUUAUAUGACCUUAUAUGCGUGCCUGAAUAAAAAUGCGACAUUCUGAGUGAUAAUUGCUGGUAAUUUUGAGAUCUAGCGUGCUUGAAAUUUUAGUUACUUAGCUUGUCUUUGAUUAUGAGCAGACUGAAAACGUAUUAAAAUUUUGACCAGCAAAUACUGCAGGAAAAAUUCAUUUACACCACCUCGCUGCAAGCAAUAUUUCGGGCUAUUUGGAGGAGAAAUAUCAAAGGUCUCCUUUCUCAAGGGUCACUAACUUGUAGAUUUAUCCAGCCGAUAAUAACAGAACUUAUACCACAGGCCACGCUGGCAAAUAGAAACAUCUGACAAUAUGUUCAUAUCUUUUUUCCAAUCAGCCCAUCGGCUGGCUCGUGAAUUGGCCUUUUAUAGGACUACGUUAAAAAGUUAAAAAUUCCAGUUGUAUUCUUUAAUUAACGCCAGCACCUCCCGUCUCGUUUUUUUUAAGGCUUCAAUUAUGAUUCAUUUUCACUCCCGGCUGUGAAAUUAUUAAAGCCGGGAUGUUCUGGUGAAAGCUAUUUAAAAUUUUAUGAUUCUUUGUUAUUGAAUUUUAUAUUACAGUAUUAGGUUUUGUGGGUCACGUAGUUUAAAUAUAUUUGAGCAAAACCUCGGCUUUCAAUUUUCUUGAUGAGUUGCCAAACAUCAUCUGAUAUGAAGAGACCGAUGAAUUUAUUGACAAAAAAAUGAAUAUGCUACAUGAGUGACUGAUUCAUUCCAGUUUUUUAGGCGUUGCUGCCCUGAGCGAAAAGAUAAAAAUUAUAAUAAGAACUAAAACCGAAAAUGCAUUUUACGAGCAACGAUAUUCUAAAAUUGAACACUUUUCAGCGAUUUUAAGAAUCUACAAAUCAAUUAUGUCUUGUGUUGGAGGAAUGAACAAAUUAUGCUGGAAUGAUCACCAUAGCCUAAACUUUCAACGAAACUAUAAUGACAUAUGAUUAAGAAUAUUGGUAACUUCAAGCUUUUUAUGGUAUUACCUACGCAACUUAUUUGCUUAUUUGGAGAACAAAAUCUUUUUUUUUCUGAAUUGUCCAUUUCAAUCUAGAACCCUCUUCUCCCCUACCGGCCCUAGAUUCUGUUAGGUAAGCAAGCGAGUCGAUUCACUCUACUCGGCUUUCUAUUUCAUUCUACUCUUCUCUUCAUUCUUUACGCAUUUUAAAAACAUUAAAAUGUUCAGUUUGUGUACUCAAGAGUUCGUAUCGCAAAAGUAUGAAACAAUAAGCAUUUUCCAAAUCCCAAAUGAUGUAAAAUAUUCGACAAAUUCUGUUUUGGGCAUUGCUCUAUCGUGUCGAUUUUCAAACCUGCCGCGGGCCACAAUUCUGCUCAAAGUGCUGAUCAGUUUCAUCAGCGUUUGUUAUCGCUUCCGUCGGAUUUGCCGAAUUUAUUUGAUUGGAGUGAUCGUGUGAUAUUGAGAGUAGAGGGUGCUAACUUUGAACAUAAGGUUUAGCUUGGUUUUUAUCAGGCACUUUAUCAAAGGCAAACAUUCAUUGUAAUAAUGCUAACUGAUUGGCUAUAUCUUCACCGACAGGACUGAUUGAUUAGUUCUUGAAGUGCGACCUCUGUUUUGUAACUACCUCUCCAUAAUGCGUUUAAAAUUGGACUUUUCAUGAUUUAAAAUGAAAAAUGCAAAUUGCAAAAAAAGUUAAUAUACUAGCAUUAACAGUCACUCGCAAAACAGUUAAGGAAAUUCUUAAGGUUCGGUAAAAACCUUCUAUGUUAAGAAGCUCAGCUUAUAAGCUUUUGCUUGUUCCAGUUAAUGAAAUGUUCCGUCAUCUCUAUCCAUUGAAAAGUAGUGUUAUCUCCGUUGUAAAUUGAAGUUAGAUUCACCCGGCUUGCCUUGUUUUGUUUUGCCGCAUGUUCAGAAAAUGGGUGGAUCAUUACAAAAAGCUUGUAUUUUGUGCUUAAAUGUCAUUACAAUAACGAUACAUGCAGUAACCAUGAAUCAACAUCCUUCAGAGACACGAACAGUUCUAGGUCGUAAAUAUUUAAAUGAUAUCGCCUAUCACGAGUCCAUCAAUAACACCAUACAGUGAAAAACCUGGUAUGCCGUGCUGACAUUUUUUAUAUUUCAUUUCAAAAAUGCUCAUGAAGACGACUUAAAAGCUGCUCAAAUUCGUCGAAAACCGGACAAGGGGCAGAUAAAUAGGGUUGAUAAAUACCAACGAUCUAAAAAUACGAGUUGUUAUUUUGACUGACUAUUUUCAUUGCAGCAUUUUGUCGUGUUUCACGCUUGAGUGCUAGGCACUGUGUGCUAGUUACUGUUAAGAAUUGUCCUCGCUACUGGUCGACAUUGGAUGCUCGCAGGCAGUUGGAAGGUAGGCAUAUUUUGAAAUGCGUUCAUGAAGUUAAUGAGGAAAAAAAUGCAUUGGUUCAAGAAUGCUUCCGUGCUGCUCCGCGAAUUUUCCACAAGUCAAAGUACCGCCAGCUGACAGCCUCGUUCAAACAUAAAAAAUGCUGUCAAAUCGAGCCCACAAAGAUCACUUUAAAAUGACCUAAGCCGUCAGUUCCUAUUUUCUUUCCUGGGAGUUUAAUUAGGCAGUAAACUCCUAAUUAACAGUAAGCGCAGUUUGGGUCGUUUUUCUAAACGCUUACUCCUCUAUAUUACUCUUUGGAAUGCUGGAGGACCCCAGGGAAUUUGAUUCUUGUUCUUAUGGAUUACAACGUUUUUUUACCAGCUUGAAGAUCUUUUGUCCAGAUUUGGUUUAUUGUUUGUUCAGACCACUACGACAAACAAAUAAGCAGAGAUUAAACCGAGCAUACCGUCAUUUAAUAAAGGACGUAUGCAAUGGUACCUAGGGGUAACAGUUUGUGGAUUUCUCUGUCGGUCUGCAUUAGAGCACUUACAGUAUAAAUACGAAACGGUGAGGAAGAUUCUGAUGAAAAUGUUUGAACUCUAACUGGGUGGCUGGUAUUAAAACUCGAAGUAAUCAGAUUUAAGUGACGGCGAUUGUUAUCCGUUCAAAUAAUGACUAGAAGGAAAUUUGCAUAGUGUCACUAGUACAAUUUCUCAAUAUGUCAUAGCAUUUUGGGAAUAUGGUACACAAGGAACUGCUUUAUGUGUACUAGACUCUAAGGUAAGUGUAAUACUAAAGAGCUGCUAUGAUGCUUUACCGUGUAUUGGUCUAAAAGAAGGGAUGGUAAAUGCUGCAUUUGUUGCGUUCUUUGUUGUAAGGCUAGAAAAACGUAAACAAAAAGUGUACGCCAUUACGCGGAGGUAAUAGACACCAGUCAUUUAAACCUGGUUCCAAAAGUUCAAAAUAUAGGAUCAGAUCAUAUGCGACGACGUGAGACAGGGUUAUUUGAGAAGUAGCACCUGUCUUUGAUCAAUGCCCUUGUUUGCAGGCUGUAAAAUUACUAUUGAUUCUCGUCAUCAAUUGUGAGCCAUGACACAAUGACACAAAGCUUGCUUGAAAUUCCUUAAACAUGAAAGUAAAACUGCGUAUUUUCGAAGAUACCAGUUUUUCUGAGGCUCUUAUUCUUUGGGAAAUAUAAAACGAUGUAUCACAUGUAACUUCUCCAUUACGGUGAUUCUGUCACUUUUGGAACCCUAAAAAGUCUUCACUCUUUUGACGUGUUUGUCAAAGCUCAAUUUUGUCUAAACCUUUUCCGCCAAAUAGCAUUUAGCCUACCAUAAGUGAAAGGUUACUAAGAACAUUGUAACUUUACACUUACAAGUAACCUUAUGGUGUUGUUUUGAUGGCCCUCGCUAAUCCUUUUAUCUUUAUUCGGUUGUUUGGAAAAAGACAAGAGGGAAGCUGAAAGUUUUGAAAAUUAACACUAACUUAUUCCCGAUGUUUUUUCCUCAGCUUGAUUUGGUGGAAGCAGGAAAAGGCAAUUAA